UCUCACGUUAAAUAUUACCGAAAAAAGAUAAGCAAGCAAUGAAGUUUUGGUUUAUCUUGGGGCCCGAAGCCCAUAAUUUUUGAAUGCAUAAUGAAUCGACUGUGGCAAUUUACGAUUACGUAUUCGCAUCACACAUGAAAGAACAAUUCCGAAUUUGUUUGCUCUGAACAGUGGGCAAUGAACUCAGAUGUCUAGGCUGUACCAUAGAGAGUUACCCCUGACCGCUCACCCCGCAAAAGCGUUCACCAACCUCCUUAAAUAAGCAAAUCACCCGGUGUCGAGAUCAUUCUUCGACAAUGACUCGUCUAAUCUUCAUCGCUGCUUUCUCGUUCAUUGUCUCCGUGAUUAUUCCAUCCGGUCAGGCGUGCGCUGGUUACGCAAGAACGAAUUGGAACUUCGGCAAUGAUCCCUACUGUUCUAAUCCGAGGGAGAGGACGGGCUGGACGUGGUUCUACAAAUUAAAUUGCGAUUGCUGUCCGGGUUUCGUAAGGGAUGGCAUACCCGGCGAAACGAGAGGUUUUUGUGUUCCAAUAUGUUAUGCCAAAUGUGCUGUACGUGAUCCCAACACCAAGUGUACUUCCGAACAAAUGAAGAAACUUGAGAAUUGGGAGAAUCCUGGUGCCCGAGAGAUGCCAUGCCCCACGAGUUACAACACGGCAUGAAAAAAUUUUCGUUAUUGACUAUUGACUAUUUCAUCUGUCAUAUCUAUAGCUCAACAACAACGAUAAUUGCAUUGUUAUUUUUUUAUUUCUUUGUAAAUGUGCACUGGUAAUUGUCUUACAUUGAUUAAUGUGACGCAAUAAAGCUACAAAAGAA